AUGACAAGGGCCGCUACAGAUGAGAGCAGUGGUAGCAGGAGUGUGAGUACAACGAGGGGUGCUACUACAGGUGAUAGUAGCGGUAGCAGGACUAUCACUAAAGGGUCGCAGAGCUGUAAGGAGAGGAGGAGAGCGGAGAGGGAAGGUUACCCUUCUGUUUCUCACCUGGGAAAUGGGGAAUGUGCAGCUGGGGAGGGCGCAUCUGGGGGAGGUGCAGCUGGGGAGGGUGCCUUUGGGGAUGACGUAUGGGGUGGAGGGGAGGUGGUAUCUGGGAGUGGGUUGGCUGCUAUCCCCUCCUCCUGGUCCUCUGAGAUGGAUCUUCUGAUUGGUGGCAGGUGGGGAGGGGAUGGUGGGAGAGGAGAGGGGAGUGGGAUUGCGUUAAGAGGGGAGGGGAACGAAGGAGGAGGUAACAAUGUGACAGGUGGGCGUGAGGAGAGAGGGGAUGGGGAAGAGGAAAAGGGAGGGGAUGCAGAACGGUGUGAGGAGAUGGAGAUUAGACGAGCCAAGACUCUUGAAGCCGAUUGGUUGGGGCGACGAGGCGGGAGAAGAGGAGUCACAUUUGCAGAAGCAGGCGAGGAGGAGCGGUCAGGGGAGGAGGGGGGAGGAAGGGUGAGGGAGCGGAGAUUGGGAAGCAGAGCACGGUUCCCAGACAUGGUGGAGGUGGGUACAGAUGGGCUCACGAGGGGUAUGGAUGGGUACGUGAGCAGUCCGGGAAGCACGGCGAGCACGAGCAGCGGCAGGAGCCUGGCGCGGUCACACGCGUCCCCAUCCCCAUCACGUAGCUGGAUCCCUGCUGCUCCCACUGCCCCCACUGCUGCUGCUGCUGCUGCUGCUGCUGCUGCUGCUGCUGCUGCUGCUGCUGCUGCUGCUGCUGCUGCUGCUGCUGCUGCUGCUGCUGCUGCUGCUGCUGCUGCUGCUGCUGCUGUUGCCCCUUCCGCCUCGCCAUCCUCUUCACCCUCCUCCUCGCCCUUCUCCCGUUCGCUCAUUCCGCCUUCCACUCUCACGGCUGAAAGGGACCUUCUCGCUGCGUGCUUACCUGAGUCCACGCACUCUGCUGCCAUCCCUGCUUCCUUCGCCUCCUCCCCUGUCGCCUCCCCGACCGCCUCUUCCGCUGCUCACAUCUCUGCUCCUGCGGUGGUCCCUUGGGAGGUAGCAGCAUCUGCUGCUGUGCCUGCUACAGAUGCCUCAGCUGGGUAUGCAGCAGGAGGGGUUUCAGCGGCCGGGGCUGUAGCAGCAGAGGCUGUAGCAGCAAGGGCUGUGGACGAGCCGAGCCAAGCUCCCGCCCCCCCUCUCUCCCCGCGGUCCCUCACAGCAAGGCUGAGAGGGCGGCGGGUGCUAGUGGUGGAUGACAACGCGGUGAACCGCAAAGUGGUGCUGGCAAAGCUACGGCCGUACGGCAUGGUGGGCGUGCAGGCAGAGAACGGCUGCGUGGCAGUGGAGCGGUUUAUAGAGGGGAUGAAAGGGAGUGGAGAUGGGGGUGCUGCGGGUGGACACACGACUGGUAUUCAUCAAUGUCUUCUCGUUGCUCUGCAGAUGCCGGUGAUGGACGGCUAUGAUGCAACCAUCGAAAUCCGACGGCUGGAGGAGCAGGUGGGCCGGCAUCGAGUUCCGAUAUUUGCCAUCACGGCCGACCUUGUGGCCGGAGCUCCUGAGAGGUGCCGGGACAUUGGGAUGAAUGGAUUUAUGACCAAGCCUCUUUCCAACGAUCAAUUGAAAGCAUCGCUUGCAGUGGUGGCUGCCAAUGGUCCGCUUCACAAGCGGCUGGAGGCAGUGUGCGCGGGGUACGCGCUGCACCACCUCCUGUCGUCCAAGCUGCCGGCUGGAGUCCCAGAUACUCUCUGGUACACCAACGCCGCUGCGUCUUCCCAGCAGCGGCAACCGCAGCCACCUCAGCAGCAGCGGCCGUUGCGCCUGGCCGUGUUAUGGCUGCCGGAUCGAGCCAUGCCGCACGCCACGCUCAGACACGUGCUGGGCCCUCUGCCUCCCCCGAGCGCGCUCGGCGCCGCACAAAGUGGCGGUCGGCAGGGCGAGUUUCAGGCGCAGGAGUCGCCGUCAUUCCGGGUGGAUGCGUCUGACGAGGAGGCUGUGGUCGUGCUGGACCACCGCCCGAGCUGGCUCAACUUGCUGCUCUAUACCUAUGGGACCCUCAAGACGGAAAUUCCCCAGCCGAUAUCCCAAGAGCAGCUGCAGCAGCAACAGGAAAAACAAGCCGGCACGUUCGACCCCUCCUCCUCCCAACCCCUUCCCUCCGCCCAUCCCUCUCGCACCCUGCAAGUCGACUUCUUCCUCUCCUCCUCCCUCCCCCCCAUGGCUGCCUCUAUCAACACCCUUGCUGACGUGGACGGCUCCUCCCGGUUCCACACGUCCCUGAAGCGCUGCUACAGCCUGCUACAGCCGUCCACAGCCGUGCAGGAGCUGAUAGCCAAUGAGAACCUGACACGUGUCCAGCACAGCACAGCUGUCUACAUAGAGCCUGUAUCCCUCUACCCUCUGAACCCGCCCUGCACCAGCUGCCACCCUCACCACACAGUCAACUGCACCACCCGCCGCCUCAUGUGGUUUUUUCUCGGGCAGCCCGAAGGCGACGCUACAGUGGCGGGGUUCUGGCCGUCGCAGGCGCUGGCAGUUGCGCACACCUUCCACCCCUCCCGCCAGCCGCACCUUCUCCGCGCCACCCUGCGCCGCUCCGCCCUCUGCCGCCCCAACCCCGCAUGGGGGGAGGCGCUCCCCCCGCCCAUCCCCCCUGCGGAACCCACAUUGAAGGAGAUCGCUGAGCGAGAGGCGGUGAGAAGGAGUUCUGGGUGGUUUGGCUGGUGGGCGGGGAGCGGCAGGGACGGCGGUGAAACGGGAGGGGAACGAGGCGACGGGGAGCCUGAGUUUGGUAGCAGCGGGAGUGGGGGAAGUGGGGGAAGCGCCGAGAGUGAAGAGAUGGAGCCGGGGGAGCGGGGAGUGGGCGCAUGGGUAGAAUGCGCGCAGCUAGAAGCAGCGGAGCUAUUCACUCUCGCAUCCGCCCAGGGCCUCAUUUACCUGCAACACUCCCCCAAGGCGGACCUCAUGCACGCGCAGGCCUCCGCCAGAGGGAGAACGCUCCUCGUGCGCGACGUGCUGGUGGCGCCUGAGACUGUCCCGCGGGGAGCGGGGCCCACAGUGACUGGUGUGAGGGGGAGUAGCAGGGGGGAGGGCGGGGAGGAGAGGGGGAAGGGCGAGGAGGGGAGAGCGAGCGGUGGGGUGUUUGAGGUGGAACGUGGGUUGUGCCAUGCGCCGUUCAUCGUGCCGAUUGAUAAGCACCGCAUGGGACGGCAACUGAAUGUGGAUGACACAGUGGGUCUAGUAUACUGCGAAGUACAGAAGGUGGGAUCCACCAGUUGGAAGUUCUGGAUUCGGCAGCAGCACCACCACCCCCACCCCAACCAGUUCCCAGAAGCCCUACUCCCAGCCACCAGCAACAUCACCGAGCUUUGGGCGCUGCGGGCCAGGGACCGGCUCAGAUUUCGGGGAAACGAGGGAGAUUUUUUUGCCGGAGGGGCAGCAGGGGAGGACGAAGGUGCAGUGGCACAGUCAGCAGAAGCAGCAGAGGGGGGGGGGUGGAGGAAACGCAGCAGAAGCUGGUGGGGGGUGUGGAAAGACAAGAUAGAGAUGGAGAUGGGGCGUCUGCUGUCGUUUGAGGAGUUUGUGCGACUGCUGGGGGAUGCCUGGGACGAGGACAGGCGCUGGUUCCUCGAUGAACACAUCGCCCCCCAGGCAUCGUUGUUCCAUACCCCAACCCCCUUCCCCGUGCUCCACCCCCCUCCUCCCCUCCCCACCGCAUCCUCCCCGCACACACCCCUUCACCCCUUCACCCCUCCCUCCCCACAUCAGAACAUCCUGUGUGGGCUGGACCGCAUACGCUACGACUACGUGGGGCGCUUUGAGAGCAUGGACGCGGACGUGAUGGCCCUCAUGCACCGCUUUGGCCGCGACCCCGGCGACGCCUUUGACUUUGGCAAGAAGAUCCACCCCACCAAGUCCAGAGACCAGCUGCAGCAGAUGUUCAGUAAUAAGGGUGAUGGGGGUGAUGGAGGUGAUGGGGGUGAUGGGGUGGGCGAUAUCACAGUGUUGCUGUGCUAG